AUGCACCAAACACUUUGGAAGAAAAUCAUGACGGGAGUUGGGUCUCGUUUCGCGCCCUUUCCUCUCGCCUGCCAUCCGAAUGUGCAGUUUCGUGUGCUGGUGACGAUCGGGCUCGUGUUCCUCCCUUUAACUGCGGGUGAGUUCUCUUUUCCACCGGUAUCGGACAGGGGAUUCGAGUGGAUGUCCAUCACGGAGGAGGCGGUGAGGAUCCUCCUCGCCCCGCUUGCGGGCAGGUGCGACCUUCACUUCGUCGUCGACGGGGAGAGCGUCGUGGAAUCGGUAGCGGUGGGUCGCUUCAGGGUUCUUUUGCCAGAAUUCGGCGUCGACGACCAGAGCUUUUAUCGGGUAAUGCAUAUCAUGGACGAAGGGGUGGGGUUACGAUUCCGCAAGAGGAAAUGCACCGCUUUCGUCGCCUUCGUCUACGGGAACUCCGCCAUGAAGUUGUUUUACAUCCGGAAUCUGAUCGCGAAGACGGACUCCAUGCGACUCUUGCUCCUCACGAACGAAAGUCAAACAUUUCUAUCUGCGUUUCGUCACAUCAAAGGUGUCGGAAUCCUGGAUACCGAGGGCCUCCUUUUUCACUACCAUCGAUUGCCAUCUUUUACUUGGAGGACCAAGGAUUUAAAAGCGCCCGGGGCGGCGAAGCAUUUGAGUCGUCUCCAGUCGGACUUUCUCAAAGAUUUCAAGAUCCGAGACUUGGGAAGCGCGACGUUGACGACGUCCUCCCUUUCCUUCUAUUUCCCCUUCACGUCUUGGACCACACUGGAAAACGGAACGCAGAUUCAAACUGGACUGGAGCACAGGAUCCUGCGAGAACUCCAGAAACAUCUCGGAUUCCACCUGGAACACCGUCUUCCGUUGGACGGGACUUGGGGUGGGAUCAGUCCGAACGGCACUUACAUCGACGGGAUCGUGGGGGAUGUUUUCUACGGAAGGGCGGACGUGGCGUUCGCAGACCUCUACUUCAUAUACGAUAGGUCCCAGGCUCUGGACAUGAUCGUUUACGACUACGAAUGCACCGUGAUUGCUGUGCCCUGGCCGGAUCUCCCCAGCUGGCUUACUCUCAUUUACAUCUUCGAAUAUCGCGUGUGGAUCGUUUUGGGCUUCGUCUUCUUCGUCGUAAUCGUCGCCAAUAGAUUCGUACUAUGCAGGGCAAGUGAAUUCGGAGCGAAACCCCUUUCGACCCUCGAGGUGAUAGCGGUGCUGCACACGCGACAGAUACCCAAGAACUUCAACGUCUACAGCGCCUCCACAAAGGUCUUCAUCACCGUCGUCUCCUUCUUCGCGCUUAUACUCAGCAUCAACUACACCAGCGGGCAACUGUCCCAGUUCACCGUGAUCAAGAAGAUGAGGCCCAUUUCCAGCUUCGAGGAACUCGCCUCCAGUAGAUUCCCUGUCCUAAGGAGCGGAAUGCUGGACAUCUCGCUCAACAACGAGGCCGGGAAAAGAUUUCAGGCCCUAAAUAGUUGGGGGCUGAAACAGUACCCCAUGCCGGACGAGGCGCUAGCGUACGUGGCCAGGGGAGACUCGGCAUACUUCGAUUCGGGGACGGUCUUGAAGCUCUAUCAAUUCCUCAAAUUCACUGAUUCGCGCGGACGGUCACCCGUGUUCAUCCCGGAGGAAUGCGUUCAGGGAUACUUAGUAGGAUUCGUGAUUCCACGCCAUGCAUACUUUAAGGACCUGCUGAAGCGGGCCAUAUCGGGGCUGCAGGAAGGAUCGCUGAUCCCACAAUGGUGGAAGGAACUGCUGGAGGAAGAGAGGAAGGCCAAGUUGGAAGAGAUUGAAAUCACCCAGGAGGCGGCAAAACCACCGAGGACGCUGAAACUCAUGCAGUUGGCAUGUGCCUUCAUGUCACUUCUAUGUGGAUAUGCUUUCUCCCUUCUUGCAUUCAUCUUUGAGAUUCUACUGGCGAAGAUGAAGAAGGGAAACGCUCUCCACUAA